GCCGAGCUCCCCCGAGCCACCUACAGCCAGCUGAACAGGUGUCAGUCGGUGCUGUCAUGUCGUAUCGCCCGCUACUCCUCUUCUUCCUAGCAGUCCCCGUCUUGGCCGAGGAUGCCAAUCCCUUCCUCGAGGCGGCCAAGACCCUCAUCCAGGACUCCUUGGCCAAGAGCGACGGGGGUCUUGGCUCCAUCGUCCAGGGGCUGGUCACCUCCGGAGCUGGCAAGCACAUCGGAGACCUUAUAUCAGGCAGUCGUGGCAUCGGGGACAUAAUCUCCGAUCCUCAGGUGCUGCAGAAUUUGAUGUCCACACUCAAUCCGUCGGAUCGACAAACGAGAUCAGCAGAUUCCGAACAACCUUCUCUCGGUUUCGAGAGUAUAGUGGGCAGUCUCGUACCUAUGCUCAUGCAGCAGGGGCACGAGCACCACGAUGAGCCUGAACUGGAGGAUGUCCAUGCACACGAGCAGUUUGAACAGGCUACGUCCAUGUUCAAGCCCAUCCUAGCACAGGUAUGGGAAGUGUUCAGGAACUCAGAAAUGGGAAAAGGACUUUGGGACGAGUCGGGUCUUCGGGAAACAUUCGAUCACUUCCUCGAUCUCAAAGGUAAACUAAAGCUGGAGGAAGCCCUCAAGAGUCUUGAGAAUCCACAGUUUAGGAAGAGAUGGCUCAGGUCUCUGGUGUCCUUCGUUGCUCGAUGGGUUAAGCACGUGUCCAAUCCUGAAACACACAAGAGAUACAAGAAAUCGAUAGCACUCAACAUCAACAGCUUCUUGAAGUCGAUUGGCUACCACGACAAAGACCUCUUCCACAAUGGACGUCCUUUCGAAGAAUCUUUCAUCCACGUUAUCAAUACAGUCGCCAAGGGUCACCUAGGAAUGACAAUCAAUUCUGGAAAAUACAUCAGGCCUGCUGCCAGAUAUAUCAAUGAAUUGGUGGUAAUAGGAAGAAGCAGCACAAUGUCAAUGUCAAGGGAAAUCGAGGAUAAAUUAGCAGAAACAUUAAACAAAGAAUUGAUAGAAGGUGUUCUCAGAGUAUGGCGAGCGUAUAAAUACUCCUUAAAGGUACCAAGUUGUGACCAAUAUUUACUUUGCGAACUCAACAGAGCAAAUUACAAAGUUGGAUAUUUGGUGAGGCCAGGAAUAACAAAAGCUGCCAGUAUGGUAUCAGCAUGGUUUCUUUCGGGCCACACUGGAACGCCCUUCUGGAAACUAUACAAUGCAGCUGUUGAAGAAUUUGAUUGUCAGACCAAAUACCCAGUUGAUUGUUCGGGAUUCCAUGAAGAAGACAUCCGAGUAACAACAGAAUAUUAUCACAGUGAAUUAUAAAAAUUGAAUGUAAUACCGAGUUUUCGGCUUGUGAAUGUUUUUUUUUUACCAUAAGAAUUUAUGUUUCCAUAUGUAAUUGUACCCCUUCCUUUUCAACCAAUAAAAAAAAACCUUUGCAAGCUGAAAAAUGCUCAAGUUAACCAAAUCAGAUUGAAAUUAAAUUGUACAUUAUUAUGAACGUCUGUGAUAAACACAGAGCUGUUAUAUUUAUAUUGUACCUAGAAUGUACCUUGUUUAUUGUUUAAUAUUAUUUAAGAUAUGUUAAUGUUUACCUUAGUUGUCAACUAGUAGAAGUAAGCUUCAAAAAAUAAAAAUCCAUUGUAUUUUUCUUGAAUUCUGGACGGAAACAUUUACCAAGCUUUAUUGUGCGAAUAGAACAUAUACAAAAAUAUUUGUAACUCAAUAUGAUAUGUAUAAAAUAUUUAAAUUAUAAUAAUACGAUACGAAAUAAUAAAAUAUAACAAAAUAAAUAACAAAAAAUUAGCUUUGUGCAAUAAUUGAAUACAGGCACUUAGGUGUUCACUCCAUUUUCCUAGUUUUUCUUCAUUGUUUGCUGUGCAAUCCAUUCAAUCCCUUCCUGUA